AGCAGCGGGUCCCGGAGCGCGCCCGUCCGCGCGGCCCCGAUGCUGGACAUGAGCGAGGCCCGCGCGCAGCCGCCCUGCAGCCCGUCGGGCACCGCGAGCUCCAUGUCGCACGUGGAGGACUCGGACUCGGACGCGCCGCCGUCGCCCGCGGGCUCGGAGGGCCUGGGCCGCGCGGGGGGCGCGGGGGGCGGCGGCCGGGGCGACGCGGCGGAGGCGGCGGACGAGCGCUUCCCAGCCUGCAUCCGCGACGCCGUGUCGCAGGUGCUCAAGGGCUACGACUGGAGCCUGGUGCCCAUGCCGGUGCGCGGCGGCGGCGGCGGGACGCUCAAGGCCAAGCCGCACGUGAAGCGGCCCAUGAACGCCUUCAUGGUGUGGGCGCAGGCGGCGCGCCGCAAGCUGGCGGACCAGUACCCGCACCUGCACAACGCCGAGCUCAGCAAGACGCUGGGCAAGCUGUGGCGCUUGCUGAGCGAAAGCGAGAAGCGCCCCUUCGUGGAGGAGGCGGAGCGGCUGCGCGUCCAGCACAAGAAAGACCACCCGGAUUACAAGUACCAGCCGCGCCGCAGGAAGAGCGUGAAGACGGGCCAGGGCGACUCUGACUCCGGGGCCGAACUGGGCCCCCACCCCGGCAGUGCCGUGUACAAGGCCGACGCGGGCCUUGGGGAACCACACCACCACGGCGACCACGCAGGGCAGACCCACGGGCCACCCACCCCGCCCACCACCCCCAAGACGGACCUACACCACGGGGGCAAGCCGGAGCUGAAGCUGGAAGGCCGCCGCCUGGCGGACAGCGGGCGCCAGAACAUCGACUUCAGCAACGUGGACAUCUCGGAGCUGAGCAGCGAGGUCAUCGGCAACAUGGACACCUUCGACGUGCACGAGUUCGACCAGUACCUGCCCCUCAACGGCCACUCGGCCCUGCCCACAGAGCCAGGCCAGCCCGCUGCUGGCUCCUACGGGGCUGCCUCCUACUCGCACUCGGCGGCGGCCGGCAUCGGGGCGUCCCCCGUGUGGGCCCACAAGGGAGCCCCCUCGGCCUCGGCAUCGCCCACCGAGGCGGGGCCCCCGCGGCCGCACAUCAAAACGGAGCAGCUGAGCCCCAGCCACUACGGCGACCAGUCGCACGGUUCCCCGGGCCGGGCUGACUACGGCUCCUACAGCGGCCAGGCCAGCGUCACCACUGCCGCCCCCGCCGCGGCCGCCAGCUCCUUCACCAGCUCGCAGUGUGACUACACCGACCUGCAGGCCCCCAGCUACUACAGCCCGUACCCCGGCUGCCCGUCCAGCCUCUACCAGUGCCCCUACUUCCACCCUUCGCGGCGGCCCUACGCCUCGCCCCUGCUCGGCGGCCUCUCCGUGCCACCCGCCCACAGCCCACCCGGCAACUGGGACCAGCCCGUGUACACGACACUGACCAGGCCCUGAGGGCGCUGCGGUCCAGGGAGGGGACCGGCGUCGCGGACUCGGGGACGGAGAACCUUUAUCUCAGCAA